AUGCUCUUCCUCUCGAGCUCCCUCCCCCGCACCGUCCUCACUCUCGGCAUGGCGAUUGACUCCUCGGCUUCCGUUUCCGAGGACAAGGGCUUUAACUUCGCGGUCGAGCUCGACCCCCAGACCUUCGAUGCCGUCGAUGCCUUCAGAUUCGAUCAUGAUACCUCUAACGUCGACUUCACCACUCAAGAACUCGAUCUCGACAACCCGGAGAACGACGGCCCUGAUAAUGACGACUCCAAAGAUGUCGACUUCACGAACACGCUCUCUCGCCGCGGUUUGGAGCCCGUGCUCUUCCCGGUGCUCUCCUGCGAAACAAGCGAUGCCUCUCCCUAUGUAAAGGAUGUCUACGACAUCGCCGAUUGGGUGGGGAACCGCAAACUGCAGGGACAAUGGGACUGCAGGCAAACGAACAUAGGCGGUUCCAAGUGCCACCGAGUCCAGUGGUCCGGCAGUGCAGAGGCUGCUCUCUGUGGCCCCUAUGGACUGGUAGUGCGCUGCAAUGUGUUUGCCGAUAGGGUCAGAACUAUUGCCGACCGCUGUGCUCGUAAAGGAAAGGCGGGGGGGAAACUCGUAUUCACUACCAGCGGCGCUUCCAUCAUCGUGUAUCACAAGUCGAGAUAG